AUGUGUGUGUGUUUAGGAGGCAACAAGCUGAAGAACCAGGUGUUCAGGCUGAACUGGGCCUGGGUCUCCCUGGAGAAGGAGUACUAUGUGGUGGACGAGGAGGCCAAGUACCUGGAGGUGGUCCUCAAACGACGAGGAUACCUGGGAGAGACAUCCUUCAUCAGUGAGUCAAACUACCUUCUUAUUAUACACAUCCUUAUACACAUUGGCUGCAUCCCAAAUGGCACUCUCUUCCCAUCAGUCAGGACAUCCAUAGACAUCAUAAUGACAUCAUUGGCUCUAUCCCUCCAGGGAAGCUCCACAGCUUUUCAGCCUUUCAUGUUCAUGUAACGGGCGGCAGGUAGCUUAGUGGGUAAGAGCGUUGUGCCAGUAACCGAAAGGUCACUGGUUCUAAUCCCCGAGCCGACUAGGUGAAAAAUCUGUCGAUGUGCCCUUGAGCAAGGCACUUAACCCUAAUUGCUCCUGUAAGUCGCUCUGGAUAAGAGCGUCUGCUAAAUGACUAAAAUGUAAAAUGUAAAAAAAAUGUAGCGGAUGGCUGAGUUAGCAUGGCCCAGUGACAUCACCUGCCCCUAGAUCUAAGAGCCAACUGUCACUCCUCGUCCAAUUCACACAUUUUUGAAAGGAAAGGAAUGUUAAUGGGUGUCCUGACAAAAGUAGUGCACUCUAUAUGCCAUUUGGGACAUAGCCUUGGAGAACAAAUAGAGGGGUGCAAUUUGGGACGCACACCAAGAAUAGCAGAGGGCCAAUCUCUUGACAGAGCAGGGGAAGGACAGACAACUUCAGGGUCAUACAGGUCACGACCUUUCACCCCUGACCCUUCUCCUCAGGGCAGGAUUUAUCCUUUUAGCCGAUCAGACAGGACGACCCUCCUGGGGACAGCAAGGGCUCAUGGGAGCGGUUACGUGGAGUUGGUGGUCGUCAGAAAGAUGCCCGCUGUCGCAGAGUUAGACGCCACUCUCUGUGAACAUUCCUUACAUUUUACUGUCCUGGACUGAAUAGUGAAUAAACACAGUGCAACAAUAGAUGGGACAGUAAACCUUAGUUUUAUAACACAAAGUUUAUACACAGGGUUUAUAACAAAGGUUUUAUGGCUGACUGGAACCCAUACUACUGACACCACUGGUAUUGUUUUCAUUGUUUUUGUCCGGAAUCCCAAUAUGUUCGGGAUAUCAAUAAAGCUAUGCUAGUUUGAAUAGCUGAAGUUUGAGGUCAGAUCACAUGGGUCAGGUGUAUUGAGUUGUCCCCAGCUGUGUCUCCCUGUGUCUUUGCUAGCUUUGAGGCUGUGGUGUGUUACGUUGUCCCUGUGUGCGUCACAAAUGGCCCGAAAUAUUCUCUAUAUACAUUUACAUUUUACAUUUUAGUCAUUUAGCAGACGCUCUUAUCCAGAGCGACUUAUAGUUAGUGAGUGCAUACAUUUUUCAUACUGGCCCCCCGUGGGAAACGAACCCACAACCCUGGCGUUGUAAGCGCCAUGCUCUACCAACUGAGCUACACGGGGCCAUAAAGUGCACUACUUUGGACCAGGGCCAAUUGUUGGCCACAGGGCUCUGGUCAAAAGCAGCCCUGUGUCUCUGCUAGCUAAUGAUCUCACUCUCCCUCAGUGGGGUAUGAAGAUAAUAUGCAGAUGAUAUGCAAAUAAUAUGACCAUUAGACUAUCUCAAGGGUCUGCCCUCUUCAAUUAGAGUAAAGGAACUAAGGAAGUCUCUUUUUCUUGAAGAACACAAAGAAGAGGGUUAUAUCACCCUUCUAAUGGGUUAACUGAUUAGCAUUUCUGAUUACGAAGAGAAAUAACUCAAUUCCAUACUGUGUAAACUUUUGAAACUGUUUUUAAAAGAUAUUAAAAGAGGUUUCUACGGUACUCCCCUAAAUGUGAUAGUAUUUGAGAGUACAUGGAUAUAUUUCUCAGACGAACAUCAUUGCAUCAGUGAAAUGUUCUGUCUCUCCAGCAGUGUGCUUAUACGAGGUUAGGCAGGACAGAACAGGAGAAAUUCGGAGUGCAUCCCAAAUGGCACCCUAUUCCCUACAUAGUGCACUACUUUUAACCAGAGACCUAUGGUAGGCCACUAUAUAGGGAAUAGGGUGCCAUUAGGAAAGCCUCCAGAAGCACACACAGCACACUGGCAUUCCUUUCUGCUCCUCAAUGUGUUUAAUGGAUCUCAAACCUCAAAGGAUGGAGGGAGACGGAAAGAGAAAGCCAAACCUUUCAGAUCAGUCUGACAGACCCGCUACCCAUCUGCCUGGGUACUGAUCUGAUCUCAGGCCAGUGCUUCACACAGAAGGAGACAGAGGAUAUCUGCUCCAUCCCAGCCCUGAUCACAAGACCUAGGAUGCGUCUGAAAAUGCACCCUAUUCCCUAUAUGGCGCAAUACUUAUUUAUUGGACGUUGUGAGGCAUUCGGUAGUGUCGCGUGCGUCACGGGAGGUGCUAGUCUAGCAGCUAUGUAGAGCUAGCCUGCUGCUAUAUAGGCUAAAGCUAAAAUGUCAUAGCAUUUGAACCCAGGCCUGCUGCUAGGCCUAGAGCUGCUGCUGGGAUCAGGGCGCUGUAGUCCUCCUUCUGUUGUGAGAGAGACAGAGCCUCCGUCCCAAAUAGUGUCAUAUUCCCUAUAUAGUGCACUACUUUUGACAAGAACCCAUAUAGGGCUCUGGUAAAAAGUAGUGAACUAUGUAGGGGAUAGGGGGUCUCAUUUGGGAUUCAGACAGAGUUAGGGAGCCAACUGUGCUCCUUCCUUCCCGCUUCUCGACCUGCUCUUUGAAGACAGGUGAUAUAUAUCCCGGCUCUGUUGAGCUCAUCCAUGUUAUCUAUGAACACAUGUCAGCAAGAACUGUAGGAGCCCCAUGAACACGUACAGGGCCCUUUUCCCUUCUCGAUGCUGGCAUAUCAAAGCUCACUUUCCCAUUCAUUUCUUCAAAGAAUUAAAUGGUAAUUUUGGUCCAAAACCCCAACUCAUACAUUUCUGCCUCCAUCUGUGCACCAUUGAAGCUCUUUAGUGUUGUCUUCUCUCUUCCUCACUUGAAUCUCUCUCUCUCUCUCUCUCUCUCUCUCUCUCUCUCUCUCUCUCGCGUUAUCUCUCUCGCUCUGUUCCGAGGAAGUGUGGAAAGUAUCUGCUUCUUCAUUUAUUUGUUUGUUUGUUAUUAUUACUAUUAUUUAUUUCUUUAUAUUUUUGUUGGUCUAUCUCAGAGCGAGCCAGCCAUGGGGUCUGCUCGGCUGCUAUCAUUUAUUUACUGGGGACCUCCUGCUGGGAGCUAGCGCAGGGAGUGUGUGUGUGUCACGCUUCAUCGUGGUUGUGUAGCUAGCUGAACAGCAGGAGUCCUGCCAUCGUCACCAGCCAUCAGUGACAGCAGGUCUGAUCAAACAACACAGGCACAAACUACCACCAGCCAGCCGGGCAGGCUAGACUCAGUAGGCUGGGCAGUAACAACAAUGUAAAUCUACCAGUACUUCUACACUACCUGCAAAGACAACCUUGUUUUAAGUUGAUUCUGCUUUACCCACAAGAUAGUUUAAUUAUGUCAAGGUAAUCUGUCUUGAAAGGAAGCAAAAUUAUCUCCCAAUGUGGCAUGGGAGGUAAUUGACCUUGGUAAGAUUGACAGAUAUUACAGUGUCCUCUGUGUUCAGUCAGACCACUAGGGGCCAGAUAGAGAGACUCUGCUGUCAGGACAUCCUGAUUACCAUCCUGAUUACCAUCCCCUCCUCCAAGUAAUUAUGUGAUUACCAUACUCCCUCCUCCUGGUCCACGUCAGGGCCAUCUGCUAGCUGACACAUCACAACUUCAUCUAACGCUGACUGCUUCUCUGAACUCCAUCUCUGACUGGGCUCUGUUCUCAGUUGUUGACUAGUUAUUAUAUCUGGAUGCUACCUUUUGACCUUAUGUUAUUGAAUGCCACAUUAUAAGAACAUUUGUAUUAUUUACAUGUAAUCAUUUCCUCUUCCUCCUCCUCCCCUCUCUCCUCUCCUCUCUCCUCCCUCCUUGCCCAGGCAUCGGCACCAGAGAUGGUACGGCAGAGAAGGAUAAGGACUUCCGUGGUAAAGCCCAGAAGCAGGUCCAGUUUAACCCAGGUCAGACCACGGCUACAUGGAGGGUGAGGAUCCUGCAGGAUGGCGUGUACGAGCAGUCUGAGACCUUCCAGAUUGUUCUGUCAGAACCUGUCAUGGCUGCCCUGGAGUUCCCUGACACAGCCACUGUGGAGAUCCUCGACCCAGCUGAUGGUAUGUACUACAGUUCCAUGAUCCAGAGUAGCUUGUUUUAA